AAGAGGUUCAGGAGAUACACUGAGAGAGAGAGAGAGAGCACCUCUGCAGAUCGCUCUCCUGCUUGAAGAAGUGCAACAGUCUUCAUUCCUCUCUCUCCCACAGAGGACAUCAGCACAAACGGCCCUUCUUGACUCUGGAUCCGAGACCACAGCAUGUCGGAGUUUGAGGUGAAGAACAUGGAGCUGAGGCCUGGGGACAAGCUGAAGAUCAAGGGGAAGAUACUGGAGGAUGCAGAGAGGUUCCAGAUUGACCUGGGGCGUGGUCCAGAGGACCUGGCCCUGCACUUUAACCCCCGUUUCCAUGACGGCGCGGACGGCGAGGUCAUCGUGUGCAACUCGAAGCGCGAGGGCAGCUGGGGCUCGGAGCAGAGGGACCGGACUUUCCCCUUUCAGAGGGGGGCGGAGGUCAAGCUGACCGUGAAGGUGACGGGGCAGGGGUUCGAGGUGGAGCUGCCGGACGGUCGGGAGCUGUUUUUCCCUGACCACCUGGGACUGGACACGCUGACCUACAUCAGGGUCAGAGGUCACUUCAAGGUCACCUCCUUCAAGUUCAGCUGAGCUGCUCAAUAAACUGCUGCUGAGAGUCAG